GAAAAGACACAAAAGGGAAAGCUCAAAAAUGCUCUUAAGAAUUGGUUUCCUCGUAUUUCUUGUUUCAGCUUUAUCUGCCUUUGAAACAAAGCAGUAUGCACCUGCAAUACGAAAAACUCGUUUCUCAGCCAAUAGUCCAUCGGAAGUGGUCCGCUGUCUGAACAGUGCUUCACAAGUGGGUUGUAGCACAUUCUCUUGCCUAGAAAAUUCUACCUGUGACAUUGAUGGUAUGCAUGACAUUUGUAACAUCUUUCUUCAUGCAGCGGCAGUAUUUAACACAGAGGGUAAGACCUUUUUCAAGGAGAGCAUCAAAUGCAUUUCCAAUGGCAUCUCCUCCAAGGUUUAUCAGACUAUCCGACGCUGUGGCACUUUCCAGAAAAUGAUUACUGAAGUGCAAGAGGAGUGUUACAAAAAACUGGACAUCUGUGGAGUGGCCCGCUCAAACUCUGAUGCCAUUGGAGAAGUUGUGCAGGUGCCCAGAAAUUUUCCAAACAGGUACUACAGCACAUUGCUGCAAACCUUAAUGGACUGUGAUGAGGAGACAGUAGAAGUUGUCCGCUCUGGACUUGUGGCUAGGCUUGACCCUGACAUGCUGACCCUCGUUCAAUUGCUGCAGAAAAAGCCCUGUUCCCAGGACUUUGGUCAUGGUACCACUGCUAUGGAUAGCCUUGAAGGCUUCCGCUGGCCCAUGGGAGCACCCAUGUUUAAGAUCCAGCCCGAUUUGCACAACAGGGAACCAAAUCACCUCUUUGCCAAGAAACGUUCAGUUGAAGAUAAAAUACUUACCAACAAGAUGUUAACUACAUUAAAGAAAUGAUUUGGGUGAAACAAAACAAAUUCACUUAAUCAGUCAUCACAUACAGUAUAUGGUAACCAGAAUAUAAAUUUCUUUAGUGUUGCAAAUAGUAAUGUAAAUUAUAAAAUAUCUGACUACAUGUUAACAUCUUUCAAAUGGUAAUUCCUAAUGUCUUGCUCUUCCUUUAAAUAA